ACCUCUAGGGUUAGGUUUUCCCAUUUCAUAGCGUCUGUAGGGGUUCUCCCUUUUCCACCACCAACCACAAAGCUCGAAUUUGGCCUUUGAUAAGCUCAUCAUCACCGACCUUAUAUCGACGAACCAUGGCGACAAAAGCAAAGACCGGGGAAGCGAAAGUUGCAGUGCUAAAAGGACAGGAAGCGGAGGACAUGGUCCUUAAAUACGUGAAAAAGAUGAAUCGCCCCUAUGGCGCGGUGGAUGUCGCCGCAAACCUGAAGGGUGCAGUUCCUAAGACAGCGACCCAAAAGAUCCUUGUGAGCCUAGCAGAGAAAGGUGAACUGGUACAAAAGACAUACGGGAAGACUACCUUCUUUGUAGCAAACCAAGCUAACCUCGAAGACAUGCCUGCUGAGAAACUCGCUGCUCUCGAAACGGAACACAAGAUGCUUGAGGAAACAAAUAAGGUCCUCUUGGCUGACGUGAAAGGGGUCACUGCAGAGCUUUCGAAGAUCAAAUCCUCACCUACAGAUUCCGAGCUUGCGGCGCAAUUGGAAGAUACAGCUAAAGCGGUGUCUAAAGCGAUCGCACGCCUAGAGCCACUUCGCUCCGGAACGACCCUGGUCUCAACCGAAGAUCUCGCGCUUUUGGAUGCCGAGUGGACGAAAUGGCGUGCGGAAUGGGUACGCAGAAGGAAGAUAUUCAAUACUUUCUGGGCACUAGCCACAGAUGCGCUUCCACCUCAAGAAUCCGCCGCGCUCGCUGAAGACCUUGGAAUCGAAUUUGAUACACCGGAACAUUCUACUGUCGAGAAAGGUCCUCUUUGCGCUCCACGAGGCUCGGUCCUAGGCAAGAGACGAAGAUGAACUGCUGGAUUUCCGUGCUUCUCUGCUCUGCUCGCGUGCUAUGUUCUAUUUUCCUCAACGAUUCUGGGACUGCCUGUCUUAUUCUUGGCUUGGCUUCGCAGUGACUGCGUGUCAGCGAUUCAAGUGUGAACCUCAGUCGUGAAUUCCGUAUUUAUCUGAUC